AUGGAUAAUUUCUCAUGAAGGACGGAGAGGGCAUUCAGAAAUUAGUCUUCAUCAAUUAAAAAAAAUGGCACUCUCCAUCUCCACAUUUCAACCCCUCUACAGAUUUUCCUUGAAUUAUCACCUUCAGAAGCACUCAUUUCUUGUACUGCCUACCUCAAUUUCCAUCCCAAACCCUACCACUAUCACUACCUUACCGCUGCUACUCCCCAUUUGCCGAGCCACUAGGUCUCAAACUGGACCACUCAAGAAAACCUCUUCCAAUUCCUCCUCUUCUUCUUCUUCAGCCUCUUCCAAUAAGAAGAAGAAGAAAAGGGCCAAAAGUGGGGAUGCUGCUGGUGCCAAUAAUUUGAGGGAUGUUGACAUAGUGAAGGCUGAAAAUCAAUAUGUGGAUGAUAAUAAUGAGGAUUCUUAUUCGAACACGAAUACGGAUUCGAAUUCACAUUCAAACUCGUACUAUCCGACUAUGCCACUGCCGAAGCCACCAGCAGGAUUUGUGGUUGAUGAAAAUGGGAAGGUUCUCAUGGCUUCUAAUAAGCGGAUUGCUACCAUUGUUGAUUCCUCCAAUAAUAAUCCAUUAGAGUGCAUUAUAAGAAGAGUCUUCAGAAGUUCACAUGGGGAUGAAUGCAUGCUGCUCUGCCCACUAGACACGCCUGUUCAGAUAUUAAAGAGCACAAAUAUUGAUGGGUGGUCAGCUGUCAGUGAUGAAGAAGUUGAAGCAAUUCUUCCAGCUGCUGCAUAUGCUCUGGCCAAGAUACACAUGCACCUAGUGCAUAGCGGGUUUUGUUAUACAGCAAGGGGAGGAUUUUGUUACUCUGAAGAUGACAUAUUUGAUUUCCGCACAGAUGAUGGUCAAGAUGUAGAUGGCUUGCCAACUGAAGGUGUAGAAAUUACAUGCUUCCACCUGGAUGGUGCUCAUUACAUGAUUUAUACACCAUCCGACCCACUUUUGUUCGUUGCUGUCAAGGAUCAAAAUGGACAACUGCAAAUUGCUGAUGAUGAUCUCUUGGAGGACCCUGCUAUCAUAAGUGCCAUUGAUGAGGAUACUGAAUUUAAUGCCCUGGUGGAGGAAGAAGCAGCUCUUCUAGAAUCGUUGAUGGGUGAAAGAUGACCAGGUAGUUGGUGUUAAUCUGAGUAGAAUCUUUAAAACUUUUCCUUUCAAGUGGCUUUUAGUUACAACUCUUUGAAAGUAUCUAACCCGGAAAACAUGUAAAGAGUUGCAAGAACAUUACUUGGUAAUUUCUUUGUUUCUGUACAUAGGCCAUUUGCUAGCUAAAUAUAUUGAACUAUGAGGAAGUGCUUUUGAUAUGAAUCUUGGCCAACUAUUAUUAGAUAUAUCACCAUUGCCUUA